AUGUUUGAAUUCUUGUUUAGUCCUUCAAAGGCACCCGAGCCUGUGCCGACCGACAAGAUUGUCCCGGUUGGCUUCUUUGAUGACACUAUUAUCUUUAGGACGUUUGUGCUAUAUACAUUAUUCGUUUUCGACGAUGUACUGGACCCUCAGCACUUACGCACCUCUCUGGAGCGUGUCGAUCGUGGACAGCUUGAGCAUCAUAUCCCGGACAGCUUUGAUCCAGAUCGUCCGGCAGUGGGAUUUGAACAUGUGGACCAUGGUGCUUUAGCUGUAGAAGACCACCCCGCGGGAUCAUGUAUUCCCCAUCCUCCCCGCAAUGGCCGACCAGCAAUUGUUGGAGAUCCUGAUAAGCUCUCAGAGUUCAUCUACGGCCAGGAUACACCUAGAAAUCUCGGUGAUUACAUCUAUACCGAUCGUCCUCAGCUUGGUCUGCGAGUUGUCUCGUUCAAGAAUUCGACAAUCGUCGUCCUCCAUUGGAUACACCUUACUUUUGACGCGAUGGCGAAAAAGUCUCUCCUUGAUGCGUGGAUGCUCAUGCUUCAGGGUAGAGAAGACGAAAUUCCAGAGCCGCUGGCUCCCGACGAGUAUAUUUUGGAGCACUGCGGCAAGAAGCCUACGGAGGCCCAUGUCCUUGCGGAAUAUCACAUGUCCAAGCCCGGUCUUGUCUGGUGGGUGCUUCAGAACUGCUACAACCUGGUGGUAAAAGAGCAAGAGCAUCGUAUGGUCUGCGUGCCCGCUGAUUAUCUCACGAAAUUGAGAGAAAAGGCUCUCGCGGAACUUGCUACUCAAGCCACCAGCGAGAAAUGGGAGGCUCCAUUCUUGAGCGAAGGAGAUAUUCUAGUAGCUUGGAUAGCUCGCUUGGCAAUUGCUAAUCUUCCAGAGCAUUCAGAAAAGCCUAUUGCUGUACAACAAGCAUAUCAAUGGCGGCCGAUUUUGAAGGAUCUGAUACCAGACAAGCGACCAUUCCUCAGCAACUGUGUUGGGUUUCUCGUUACUCUAAUGCCAGCUAAAGAUGUGCUUCAGAAGCCGCUUAGCUAUCUGGCAUCCCAGAUCCGCCGGUCGAUUAAGGAGCAAGGCUCUCGGGAACAAGUCGAAGCAUACACCUCGUUGAUCCGACUUGACCCAGCCAACAGGGCGCCUCCAUUUUUUGGCAGCACGUCGAUGCAGUUACUUAUGUUUUCCAAUUGGCAAAAAGCCAACGUGUACGCAACUGAUCUAUCAGCCGCGGCCGUGACACCACGGCGCACGCCGCUCACACCAUCCUACGUCCAAAGCGUACAGGGCCCAUAUAACUUCUCUGAUGGAAUCAUCAUCGUGGGCAAGGAUGUUGAAGGUAAUUAUUGGUUUUCUGGAAACAGAGCAAAAGGCCUUUGGGACAUGAUGGAGAAGAAAAUGCAAGAGCAGGUAAUUUAA